AUGGACAACUUUCGCGUCCGUUUGAAUUGCAUCGAUCACUAUCAAGCAGCCCCGACUGAAUUCGAUCCUCCGGUUCCUUUUGCCAACGGAGUCUCACAGCGAACUGAAAGACCCAAAGUCCCCGUCAUUCGGGUCUUUGGUGCAACAGAAACUGGCCAAAAGAGGCGGCCUUGCAUCGGACGAAGUUUACCCAUUUAUCAAGUGAAUAAUGCCAUUCGCAACUUACAUGGAUCUAUCAAUCAUGCCUUGGCGAGCAGUUAUCGCCAAAAUGCUUACGAUGGAAAAGUCGCCUAUGUUGCACACAUCUCCUUGGCCAAAGGCAUUCCAUUUUACGGAUUUCAUGUUGGAUACCGGUUCUUUUUCAAGAUAUAUCUAUUAAAUCCUUUGAAUAUAACUCGGCUGGCCGAUCUUUUACGUCAAGGUGCAGUGAUGAAAUGUUCGCUGCAGCCUUAUGAGAGUCACUUACAGUAUAUUCCUCAAUGGAUGUGUGAUUACAACUUGUAUGGCUGCGCCUACUUGGACUGCUCCAAAGUCAAAUUUCGGUCUCCCAUACCAGAGUAUCUCGAGUUGUCCAACCUGGAUCAUCGGUGGCAUGAUCGAUCUAUUCCUCCAGAGAAUAUCACUAGCGAUACAACCCUACCAAAGCAGAGCCAUUGCACGUUGGAAGUCGAUAUCUGUGUUCAGGAUAUUGUUAAUAGAAACGCAGUUAAGGAGAGACCACUACAUCAUGAUUUUAUCGAACGGGUGCACCCAAUAUCAGCGGAGGAAAAGCUUGUCCAUAGUAUGGCUGGUCUGUGGCAGGACGAGACACGCAGGCGCAAGAAAAGACUGGGAAUUGAAGAUCCAGGGAGUAGCCCCUUCACAGAUGAGGAACUGGUCUCCAUGUCAGCUAGUCCGCGGGACAGGGAAAAGGCUGGCUGGAUACACGAAGAGGAGUUUCGAGAGCAGUUGCUUAGAACUGUGGACGAGGGAAAAAAGGCAGACAAAAAUGAAACAUCAAUUUCUUUUGAUGAUUAUGUUAAGCAUGAUCCUCUUGCACAUACAGUUCAGUCCACCAAUGAAAGUGUGGAGGACCUCUAUCCUCAGAGAUUGGAGCCAUUAAUGACACAGAUUGCAUUGCCAGAACUGGGCGGCAAUAUCAGCAUGGAUGAUUACGAUAAUACGAUCUUCUCCGAUGGGUUUGAUAUUGAAAACGAAUCUGACGAUAUUCAUGCAGAUUCAGAAAAUGAGUUUAAUGAACAGGCUGAUUUGUCUGCCGAUGAUUCACCCAAUUGCUCGUUCCAGAUCGACGACGACUUGCUGAAUGCUUUUAACGGUGGACUAACAGAAAACCACGAGGCACAUGAAACUCUUGUGAAGAGUAAAACAAGAGCGAACGAUUGGUACUUGGCGCCUUCAAGUAUGGCUCGUUCGGUUCUUCGCAAGCGGGCAGAGCCAGGAGAUGCAACUACCACUGAGGAACGGUCAAAAAAACGUCUAAGACAUGAAUAUAAUGACUUUGACAGUGGUGGGCUUCAAGCGAAUCUAACAGGUAAUGACGGGUUUUCCUCAUUCGACGUGGCUGCAAUCUUGGAAGAAGCCGGCCAAGAUGACGAGCGUAUCGGGCCAGACGAUACUCCGCCUCUUUCUUCGCAGAAUGAAUUUCAUUCUUCUCAGAAGACUGUGCGGGUCAAGACUACAGGUCAAAACCAACGACUCUCAUUCCCUGUUGUUAAAGAUCCCAAUAAUCCCAUGACUUUACAGCGUUUUAGCCAGAGAAGUGUUUUGUCCAAGGAGAAUUCGCAGCUUUCUCAACUCUUAAUAGAUGCGAGUUCAGGAGUGGCCAAUGGCUCAGACAAGCCCUCAGAGCCACCGUUGGUAACCGGCGCUGACUCGACAGAUUCACAAUCACCCAUGACUGCCUCGAUGGCCAACAUAUAUGAUGCAUUCAACAUUUCGACUAGUCGCAAAAUGCUGUUCUAUCGUUAUCCUUGCCCCAACCCACGUGAUAUUGAUAAGACUAUCGAGGAUGAUGGGCGGCCGGCAGUGGUCUACCAAAAAGCGUACUAUAGUGAUGACAACGAUGUUCCUGAGCGAUCACGCGAGUAUGCAGGACGUGAUUUCCGCUUGGCGAGUAGUUCGAUACGUUAUUUGCCUGACUUCGAUAGGCAAGGGUCAAGUAUACAUUUGUUUACGGACAAAUCACCGCCCAUUCUAGGUCUCGAGGAACAACGGAGACAGGACCAAAAACUCCGUGAACUUGCGUCAGCACGGAUAUGGGAAUUUGCCCAACUUCCCCCAACUCGUGACGAAGUUAUCGAAUGGCUCGAAAACGAAACAAAGGCCCAUUGGGACCAGAAGAGCCAAAAUCCUCCAACAAAACUCAAUGUAUUGUCUCAGAUAGAGGGCGCCACACAAAAGAAUCCGUAUGGGUUCAAAUACUCUCAGAAACAGAAAUCCACCAGUGUGGAACACCAAACACAGUACAUGAGCGUAAUGAGCUUGGAGGUUCAUAUCAAUACACGAGAGGGCUUAGCGCCAAAUCCCGAAGAGGACGAAAUAAGUUGCAUUUUUUGGAGUCUUCAAUCGGAUGACGAGGACCUGGACAACAAUAGUCAUCUACAGGGCGUACAUAUCGGCAUACUCGCACAGCCCGCCGAUAUUCUAGUUCCAGUGGCUAGAUCUUUGUCUGUCGAAGUGCAAACAGAAACUUCGGAGCUAGACUUGAUUACCGGUCUAGUCGACAUAGUCCGAACUCAUGACCCUGAUAUUCUCACGGGGUACGAAGUCCACAACGGCUCUUGGGGUUAUCUUAUUGAAAGAGCUCGUUUAAAAUACGACUAUGACUUAUGCGACGAAUUAGCCCGAGUCAAGUCCUCAGCACAUGGGAGAUUUGGCAAAGAAAGUGAUCGAUGGGGAUUCAACAGCACAUCUUCCAUUAAUGUAACAGGUCGACAUAUGAUCAAUAUCUGGCGAGCUAUGAGGACCGAACUUAAUUUAUUGGGAUAUACAAUGGAGAAUGUUGUGUUUCAUCUGUUGCAUAGGCGGAUACCUCACUAUCCAUUUCGAGAUUUGACUCGCUGGUUUACAAGGAGCAAGCCCCGAGAUGUCAUGAAAGUUAUUGAGUACUACCUCUCGCGCGCACAGUUGGAUUUGGAAAUUUUGGACUCCAAUGAAUUGAUACCGCGGACCAGUGAGCAGGCUCGCUUGCUUGGUGUGGACUUUUUCUCGGUAUUCUCUCGCGGAUCGCAGUUCAAAGUGGAAUCGUUGAUGUUCCGAAUUGCCAAACCAGAGAACUUCUUAUUGGUAUCUCCUAGCCGCAAACAGGUUGGCCAGCAAAAUGCUCUCGAAUGUUUACCUCUCGUAAUGGAGCCGCAAAGCAAUUUCUAUACUAGUCCUGUGCUGGUGUUGGAUUUUCAAUCGCUGUACCCUAGUAUUGUCAUAGCGUACAACUACUGCUAUUCCACUUUCCUCGGAAGACUUGACAACUGGCGCAGCCGAAGCAAGAUGGGGUUCAUGGAGUAUGAGCGCCAGCAUCGAAUCCUUGAACUAUUGCAAGAUCAAGUGAACAUUGCACCGAACGGAAUGAUAUAUUCUAAGCCUGAAAUACGCAAAUCCCUACUUGCCCGAAUGCUGAGCGAAAUUCUGGAGACUCGUGUCAUGGUCAAAAGCGGCAUGAAAGCGGAUAAGGACGACAAGACCUUGCAGCAACUCCUCAACCACCGUCAAUUAGCCCUCAAGAUGAUCGCCAACGUCACCUAUGGCUAUACUUCAGCGUCUUUCUCGGGCCGUAUGCCUUGUGCUGAGAUCGCAGAUAGUAUUGUUCAGACGGCUCGAGAGACGCUGGAAAGGGCAAUUGCUUUCAUUCAUUCAGUUGACCGAUGGGGCGCAGAAGUGGUAUACGGAGAUACUGACAGUCUGUUCAUCCACCUGAAAGGCCGAACACGGGAUGAGGCUUUCACAAUCGGCGAGGAAAUCUCCAAAGCAAUCACCAAGAUGAAUCCUCGCCCGGUCAAACUGAAAUUUGAGAAAGUCUACCACCCCUGCGUUCUACUUGCCAAGAAACGAUAUGUUGGAUUCAAGUACGAGCAUCGAAAUCAAGUGGAACCUGAAUUUGAUGCAAAGGGAAUUGAAACUGUUCGACGUGAUGGCACGCCUGCAGAGCAAAAGAUCGAGGAGAAGGCAUUGAAGAUUCUUUUCAGGACGGCUGAUUUGAGCCAGGUCAAACAGUACUUCCAAAAACAGUGCUUUAAGAUCAUGCAAGGAAGAGUUUCAUUGCAGGACUUUUGCUUUGCGCGUGAAGUCAGGCUAGGAACUUACAGCGAGAAAGGUACGCUUCCCGCGGGGGCUUUGAUCAGUACCAAAAAGAUGAUGGAAGAUCCACGGCUGGAGCCACAGUAUGGCGAACGUGUACCAUAUGUGGUGGUCACAGGUGCUCCAGGUUCAAGACUCAUUGAUCGCUGUGUAGCGCCUGAAGUUCUGCUAGAUAACGCACAUCUUGAACUUGAUGCGGAAUAUUAUAUUACCAAAAACAUUAUCCCUCCAUUAGAGCGAAUCUUUAAUCUUGUCGGAGCAAAUAUCCGCCAGUGGUAUGACGAAAUGCCCAAGAUACAGCGAAUUCGCCGCAUUGAGGGAGCUUUCACAGGACUCGGCAGAGAGAAUGGGGCAAUGGUGAUGAACACGGCCAUAACUGCGACUUCGAAGAAGACUCUUGAAUCAUACAUGAAAUCCUCUACUUGCAUAAUCUGCAAAGAAAAGAUCCAAGAUACUACCGAUCUCCCGCUUUGCGCCACUUGUUCCAGUCAACCUCACAUAACCAUGUUCAAGCUGACCUCGAGGCUUCAGCAAGCAGAGCGGCGGACAAGUAAUCUGCAUAAGGUCUGUCGGUCUUGCAUGGGUGUUCCAUUCGGUGACGAUGUCAGCUGUGACAGCAAAGAUUGCCCCGUAUUUUAUUCGAGGACGCGAGAAAUGAGUCAUUGGAGAAGCUCGGACUCUGUAUUGGGACCUGUUAUUAGGGAAUUAGAACGACGAGGUGACGAGCGAGCUUUAGAGUGGUAG